AUUUAGCCUGUGUUAUUAAUUAAUAAAAAAAAAAAUAUCAUGUUUGAUUUUUGCUCUGGAUCUUUUUAGGCACUGGAUCACGAGGACCUUUAUUAUGCGGAAAAGUCUCGGGGAUGUGAUUAUUUUCAAAGCGAAACCUAGUAGAUUAACUCACAGUCUUGACUGUGAUUAGUGUUUUUACGGCAAAAAGACAAAGUACUUUCUCAAGGAAAGGCAGCUGAGCUGACGUUACAGUCAAUACAAAAUGUCGUCGGAGGAAUUUGAGAAGUUACACGAAAUCUACAGAUCACUGUAUGAUGAGCUCAAGCUAAUGCCAGAGAGAGUCCUGAAAAGCCACGGAGAGGAGAGGAAGAGGUUGGUGAGGACCUUCGAUGAGAGGCAGGGGGAGGCUGAGGAAGUGUUACAAGGAAUGGAAGAUGAGCUUCGUGGUGCCCCUACCUCCCACCGAAAUGCUAUGGGUACAAAGCUGCGCCUGUACCGCCGAGAUCUGGGCAAGCUUCAGAGAGACAUGAAAAACACUGCUCCUGGCUUUGGUUCUUCUUUCCAGCCAGUGGAAGGAAGUCAUCAUGGCAUCUAUGCAUCACAAAACCAACAAAGUACACACCUGCAGUCCCAGAGAACUUUGCUACUCCAGGGCACAGAGUCUCUGAACAAUGCCAGCCAGAGUAUUGAACGAAGUCAGCGCAUCGCCAAUGAGACAGAGCACAUCGGCACAGAUAUCAUCGAAGAGCUGGGAGAGCAGAGGGAACAGCUGGACCGCACCAGAAACAGAUUGGUGAACACUGGAGAAAACCUCAGUCGAAGCAGAAAAAUUCUUCGUGCCAUGGCACGGCGGCUGGUGACGAACAAGUUGCUGUUAGGUGUCAUUAUUUUAAUGGAGCUGGCCAUUCUAGGUGCUGUGAUUUAUCUGAAGUUCUUCCGAAAAUGAAAAACUAUGAAAUCUGAAAACAUUCUAAGCUCCAGAUCCAGGGCAAACACAGACUCUCUAUAUCUGUCUCCACUGACUAUUCUGCAGCAAUAAUGUUCUUCUGCUGUAUUCAGUAAACUGUUUCUGUGAGUGCAAAUGAGGACAAUGCGAUGGUUCAGUCUUAAAGUGAACAUUUACCAAGACGGGAUUCUGUCCAUGGGCAGGUGAAGUUCAUUUGCCAAGAAUGUUGAACCUGUUUAUGGACCAAACCUACAGAAAUGCCAUGGAUAAACUGUGAACUAAGGUUUGCACUGUUACAGACCCCAGAGAUGAUUCUCUGUAAGGAUUUAUACAAUCCUGAGUAUGAUCUACUUUCUCCUACAUUGUGUAGAUUCUCUGGUGACACUACUUGUUAAGUGUCACUGAUGGGAGGUUUAUUAAAUCUCAGAUUGUGACAAAAUGGCACCAGUUGAAUCUAUUUUGUUGUGUUGUCAUGUCCAGUAUCCAGAUGGUUGUAUUAAGCUCUGUAAUAAUUCUGAUUACUGAGACCUGAGGCCAAAUUUGUCAGUCAGAGGUGUGAAUUGGAAAAUGAGUGGAGACUCUUAAUACAUCCAAUGUUCUUAACAGUUAGUAAAGUUGUCUAAUCACUGUAUAAUACAGAAAUCACUGUUUGAAAUAGUUUAUUUUCAUUUCUUAUCUACACAUAAUUAAAGCUAAUCAUUAACCUUAGUGUGAAUUGAUUCUGAUAUUGUGAACAGAACAAAGUUAAAAAAAACAUCUGCUGUAGAGCUGACGCCACUAGUGAUGGGUAAAGAGCAUCUGUUACUAUGUAAUAAAUUCUCAAGUAAUAGGUGA